UAUGUUUCUAUACUGUAUCCUAUAACCCUGGAAAGCACGAAGUGAUGCAGGUCUUAGACGGUUACCACAUUGGCCAAACCCACGAACACAACUCCCCAUCUUCCCAUCUCCCCAGGGUUGAAAGGACCGGGUCUUCCUAGCCGUCAUCACACCCCGUGGAGAUCCCGGGUGAUAAAAGGUCCUUAGCAACCUAUGCUGGUCGUGAGAGGCGACUAGAUGGACUAAGUGAUUGGACUCGGUAACUUGGCUGAUUGAUUGUUAUUGGAUCCCAGAUGCGCAGAUCGAUGCCCAUGAUAUCAAUCACUAAAUUGUCUGGUCGACGUCAUAUAGCUUAAAUAUUGCUCAGUGCGGCGUAAAACAACAACAAAACAGUACCUACAAAAAAACUGGCAGUAUAUCGUUCGACCGUUUACUUACUAGGUCACAGCAACCAGGUUUGAGGCGAGCUUGUGGAACCAGCCAUGCUCUAUUUCCAGUGUCUGCUUGUAUUUCUACACACGACGAUGUGAUUCGACUCGUCUCCUACAGGGUACGUGUUUGUGACCGAAUUUAUUUGAAUGCGUGUUUUGUGACCUAUAAACUGCGCUAAUAGAUCACAUCCUCAUCCAACCUGGACAGUUGUAGCCGGCAGCAAGUGUUGUCAUAUUUUCCGUUUUUUAAAAGCAUACAUCAUGGACGUCAGUCUACGUGACAACAUUUCGGGGACGAUUGCCACAGCAGCAGUGAUCUAUCUACUGAUCAGAUUCCUCCAGUGGGUUAGGACAAUUGUGUCACGCUUCAAGUUUUACAAUUCACUUCCUGGGGAGACUGACUUCUCCUUCAUCACCGGCAACUUGCACUUGUUCCCUGUGGACGAGGAGCGUCGCCUGGAAUACGAGCUGUCCCUCACCCACAGGUUCCCAAAGAUGUACAGGGUGUGGUUUGGUCCCCUGGUCCCCUCCAUUCAAGUGUGUCACCCCGAGACUGUCAAGGCGCUACUCAAAACAUCAGCGCCCAAGCCGUACGGGAUGGGAUCUGUGUUCGAGUUCUUCAGGCCUUGGUUGGGGGACGGCAUAUUGAUUGCCAAAGGGGCGACAUGGGAGCGGUCACGUCGUCUCAUCACACCCGCCUUCCACUUCAACAUCCUCAGACCCUACGUGGACAUCUACAACGUUGCUGUUGAUACGCUGCUGUGUAAAAUCGAUAGCUACGCGGCCAGUGGAGAAAGCUUCGAUCUGUUCAAGGUUAUAAAACCGUGCACGUUGGAGAUCCUUCUGCGGUGUUGCAUGACAUGUGAAGAUGACAUACAGAACGCAAGAAACGACCACCCGUACAUGAAGGCAGUGGAAGAGUUGACAGAGCUGGUGAUCUGUAGACUCAGACAGCCCUUGCAUCACGUACAGUGGUUGUAUGACAGGACGCAGAACGGGAGGAGGUUCAAGCAGCUGACAGACUACGUCCACAACGUCUCCGCCACCGUCAUCGCCGCCAGGCAAAAGACACUGGCAGACGAGGGGACGCCAUCGACAAUGGGGACUCCGGGGACGCGGUACCUAGACUUUCUGGACAUCCUGCUGAAAGCGAGAGAUGAGGACGGCGUGGGGAUGACGACCGGUGAGAUCCAGAACGAGGUGGACACCAUAUUGUUUGAAGGUCAUGACACAACAGCUAGCGCCAUCUCGUGGACGUUGUACUCCCUGGCGCAGCACGCCGACUACCGGCGGAGGGUGCAGACGGAACUUGACGGGGUCCUGCACGACAGAGAUACUGUCACCUGGGGCGACCUUCCGACAUUGGAAUACCUGACUCUGUGUAUAAAGGAAUCCCUCCGAUACCACUCCCCCGUCCCUUUCAUCGCCAGACAGACGGAGGACGUCGUCAACAUCGGCGGCGUGACGCUACCGACGGGGACGAUAGUCGCUGUGUCCAUAUACAACCUUCACCGCCACCCGGAUAUCUGGGAAGAGCCAGACGUUUUCAGGCCCGACAGAUUCCACCCAGACAACAUGGCGAAAAUGGACCCUUUCUCGUUUGUCCCUUUUUCAGCCGGCCCAAGAAACUGCAUUGGACAAAAUUUUGCCAUGAACGAACUGAAGGUGGUGAUUGGAAGGAUACUUCAAAGAUUUGACCUUUUGCCUGACCCCAGCCAUGCCGCGCGCCACCAAGCGGCCGUUGUUAUGCGAGCGGUAGAGGGAUUGUGGGUAUUUGCCAAUCGCAGAUAGCACACAGUCCUUGGUCAGGGCGCCUCUAUGGAACACCUAGGCCCCAAACAUGAACACACAGCAUGUGUUAGACAGCUCAGGUUAUUGCGAUAGGCCAACCUACGUCCGAAGUAGAAAGAUGAAUCGACUGUCAAUACUAUGGACACAACUAAGAAACUGCCGAAGGGAGCAUGCAGUCCGCCGAGUCAGUAUAUGGUUAACGAUGUUUCAUGUAUCAGACCAGCAAGUUAUUCUGAAUGUGUCCUAGUAUCUAAGACAAAAUUGUUAUGGAUGAGCAACUUCU